AUGGUCCAGUUCCUGCUGCUCAUGGAGAGCCUGCGCCAGGAGGCCACGAGAGUCCCGGUGUGUCCCGCUGCGCUGCUGGACCGCCACAGAGCUGCCGGACACAGGACCAAGUCAAGUGUCCCUGAUGUGAGUGAACGCACUCUCAUAGCCGUAAAGCCGGAUGGGGUUCAGCGUCGACUCGUAGGACAAAUCAUCCAGCGCUUUGAGCAACGUGGCUUCAAACUGGUGGGCCUGAAAAUGCUGCAGGUGUCAGAGGAUCUCCUCUCUCAGCAUUACUGCCAGCUGAGGCAGAAGCCCUUCUAUCCCAGCCUGCUGCAGUACAUGACCUCGGGGCCCGUGGUUGUGAUGGUGUGGGAAGGGCUCAAUGUCGUGCAGACGUCCCGUGCCAUGGUGGGACACACGAACCCAGCCGAGGCCCAGGCGGGCACAGUGAGAGGAGAUUUCAGCUUCCAUGUCAGCAGGAAUGUGGUCCAUGCCAGUGACUCGUUGGAGGGGGCUCAGAGGGAGAUCCAGCUGUGGUUUCAGGGAAACGAGCUGCUGAACUGGGUCUGCUGUGACCAGACGAGCACCUAUGAGCUGUGA